GCUGUAGAGUCGAUUUGGCGCACAAAGCCGUUUUUAAACGCGGUGGCUGUAGCCUGUUAACGCUAGAGAUGAAUGGGAGAGACUGCGUACUGACACGAGCAGGUUAGCUCAGUGCUAAUCGCGGUUCACACACGAAUUACUAUGGACCUGAAGGCGCAGUUGUGUGUGCUCCUGCUGGCGCUGGGCCUGUGUGUGACCCUGCAGGUGAGCGCUCAGGAAGAGGACGUGGAUGUGGACGUGGAAGAUGACGUAGGUGACCUGGGAGACGAUGAGCUGCUGGAUGGAGAAGCUGAAGAGGAGGAAAAGCCGGCCCCUGCACCCGCCGCUGCACCUACUGUGACGUAUAAAGCUCCUGAGCCAAGGGGAGAACACUUCUUUGCAGAGUCGUUUGAUAAAGGAACACUGGACGGAUGGGUUGUUUCCCAGGCAAAGAAGGACGACAUUGAUGAAGAAAUCGCUAAAUAUGAUGGAAAGUGGGAGGUUGAAGAGAUGAAGGACACAAAGCUUCCUGGUGAUAAAGGUCUGGUGCUAAAAUCCAGAGCCAAACAUCAUGCCAUCUCUGCUCUGUUGCUGCGACCUUUCACCUUCGACACUAAGCCACUCAUUGUCCAGUAUGAGGUGAACUUCCAGAAUGGAAUCGACUGUGGUGGUGCCUACGUCAAGCUGCUCUCUCAAAGCCCAGACCUCAGUCUGGCGCAGUUUGUGGACAAGACCCCGUACACCAUCAUGUUUGGACCUGACAAAUGUGGUGAGGACUACAAGCUGCACUUCAUCUUCCGCCACAAGAAUCCCAAAACGGGCGAGUAUGAGGAGAAACACGCCAAGAAGCCAGAGUCCGACCUCCGCACGUACUACACUGACAAGAAGACCCACCUUUACACACUUGUGCUGAACCCUGAUAACAGCUUUGAGAUCCUGGUUGACCAGACCGUGGUGAACAGUGGAAGUCUACUGAGUGAUAUGACCCCUUCAGUCAACCCCCCUGCAGAGAUUGAAGACCCCGAUGACCACAAACCCGAGGACUGGGACGAGAGGCCCAAGAUCCAGGAUCCAGAUGCGGUCAAGCCUGAUGACUGGGAUGAAGAUGCUCCUGCUAAGAUCCCUGACGAGGAUGCAGUGAAGCCUGACGGCUGGCUGGACGAUGAGCCAGAGUAUAUUGCCGACCCAGAUGCCAUCAAGCCGGAGGACUGGGAUGAGGAUAUGGAUGGUGAGUGGGAGGCACCCCAGGUUCCAAACCCUGCCUGUGAGUCCGCCCCUGGAUGUGGGAAAUGGGAGAGGCCAAUGAUUGAUAACCCCAACUACAAGGGCAAAUGGAAGCCACCCAUGAUCGACAACCCCAACUAUCAGGGAGUGUGGAAGCCCAGAAAGAUCCCCAACCCUGACUUCUUUGAGGACCUGCAUCCCUUCCGUAUGACACCCGUCAGUGCUGUGGGCCUGGAGCUGUGGUCAAUGUCAUCGGACAUCUUCUUCGACAAUUUCUUCAUCACGUAUGACCGCAACACAGCUGAACUUUGGGCCGAUGAAGGCUGGGGCCUGAAGAAAGCUGCUGAGGGAGCUGCUGAGCCUGGUCUGAUGAAUCAGAUGAUUUCUGCAGCAGAGGAGAAGCCCUGGCUCUGGGUGGUUUACGUCUUGACUGUGGCUCUUCCUCUGGUCCUCAUCAUUGUCUUCUGCUGCACUGGAAAGAAGAAGCCUGCCCAGUCUGCUGCAGAAUACAAGAAGACAGACGAGCCACAGCCUGAUGUGAAGGAUGAUGCGGAGGAGGAAGAGGAGAAGGAUGAGCAAGAGGAGGCUAAAGCUGAAGAGCCAGAGGAGAACAGGGAUGAUGCAGAGGACAGUCCUGCAGAAGCAGCUGAAGAAGACGAAGAAGCCGAGAAACAGGAAGAAGCAGAAGAUCAGUCGGAUGAGAAACAAGAAGAAGAAGUUCUGAGAAGGUCCCCUAGAAGCAAAGGGAGAGCCAGAAAGGAGUGAUGGACCUUUUGUUUUUUGCUUCCUGGAUCUGUUCCAACUGCAGCUCCUCUCCUCUGUGUCCUGUAUCCCUCCCUGCCCCCUUCCUCAACAGGGCUCCCUCCCUUAUUCUCUUCUCCUUUCCCUCAUUCCCUCCUUCCCUGGUCUUCUGCUCCAUCCUCGCAAAAAAGCGAAGACAGACAGAGAGAAAACCGCAACUGUCUGUGGCACGAUUGGGAAAAAAAAAAUCCAUAAAAGCAAAACACAAUUCACCUUCGCCUCAGACCGGGCUGAGGGAGUUGGCGCUGAAGACAACGAUCAUGAUGAUGAUGAUGAUGAUGAUGAUGAUAGUGUAGAAACACUUUUUUUUUUCGUUUUCUUUUUUUUGCUCUACUAAAAAGGAAAGAAAUAAACUUUUACCAUUCCUUAACUGUGCCGAAGCUAAUGUAAACACCCCUCUCUCCUUUUUCCCCAACCCAAACAAAACACACCUUGCCAGCCUCCAGCCGGCACCUCGCUACUCCAGACAGUAUUCGUAAAACCAUCAAAAGUGGCAACACUACGGUUUUCUGCUUCAUGGUAGGAGUCAAAGCAGACAUCUAUGUAUCCAUAUACGAGAGUGGAGAGUGGGGAGAUGCUGACUCCCCACUUUAGAAGAUUAGAAUACUGAUUAUGAAUAGAAAUAAGGUCAGUUCAGUAGUCUUGAACGGUCUGCUCGAUGCUUUACAUACAGCUAGGUUUUUAAGAAAUAAAUGCGUUGAAGAGAUCAUGCUACCUUUGCAUCCAUUCCACAAGGGUCUUUUGUUUUUAUCUUCUUUUGCCAUGACCUAGUCGUCUAGAGGACCCCCAUGACACCCUGGUUGCACCCACAAGCCUGUGCAUUUCAUUUUGGGAUGUCUAGUGCACAAGCUCGGUUUGGUCCAAGGAGAACGCCAGUUAGGCUUUAGGUUCUAGCACGCUGCCUUAUUUCAUAGGAUGUGGACAAAGUUUGGCUGAUUUUUAUUUUUGUGAAUGUACUGUGACUUUUUCUUGUUGUUGUUAUUGUAACUAAUAUAUGGUUUAGAUUUUUUUUUUUUUUUCUUCACCAGAAUUUUCUUUUUACUAAAUCCUGGAUUUUCAUACAAGUUUUGUUUUUGUUUGCUUUUCCGGUCUUGAACUCGUGUAGCAGUAAAAGUAAAUUAUUCCUAGAGGGGGCACAAACAAAUCUGACCAUCCACAUUGGGAUAGCUUGAGAUGUUUAGUUAGCGAAUGAAAGAAUGACCACAAGGAGAGUAAUUUCCACGCUGCUCACCAAGGAUGGACCGGCCAGGCGGCAGGGCUCGCAUCCUUGCCUGGGGAUGACUCACGAGUGUAUUUCUGCUCAGCAUCUGCCGUCUUUCCAUUGGUUCCUUGAGUCAGUCGUCUGACGCUUCAUUGGCCGGUGACUCAGCUCCUCUCUGUAAUAUCCUGUCGCAGCAGCUGCAGCAGCAAUUACAGCGGUUUUAGGGGUCCAAGCACUGCUGGAACCGUAUUGGAAUAGAUUUAUUUUGUUUUAUAACAUUUCCAUGCAAACUACUUUUGAUGACUUUGGGAAGAUUUUUGUAAUUGUUUACUUUUUAAUGUUUUCUUUUUUUUUUUAUUGCCGUCAGUCAUUUCCUUAACCAUUUCAUGCAAACUCCUCUCCUUAAAUUUUUACCCCGAAGACAUGGAGAAAGGCACUAAUGAGGGGGACACCCCAUUCUGGAGUGAACUAAUGCAGUACACACUGUCCGUUCACUCCAGCUAUCCUUGGUUACUAGUUUUUUUAGUACGGCUAACUUGCCUCCGCUGCUCAGGCACCGUCCAAAACGGCGGGGGGAAGAUGCUGCGACUUGAGUUCUGCCCCGAGUUUGAAAAGAGUUGGCACUUUUUAAUGUAACCGAGUCUGACAACCUACAAAUUCAAGCUUACAUGCUGCACUGCUGCUUGGCUAACAGCGCACUAACUAGCAUCGUCUCUGUCCUUUAACAAGCUCCCUGUUGCAUC